AUGCCGAUGCUGUGCAUUAAGCAUCACUCGUCUAAAACGUUUCCGUUUCAUGGAAGAGAUGUGUUUCUUUGCCAGCCAGAAAAUGCGAUUGAUCAGAAAGUUGCGACGAGCUCGCAAAAAUGCGAUAAAAUUUUGGUUUUACUGUUGCAGUGGAAUGGAAUGCUGCGACGUUUCCGCACUGCGAUGCCGUUGAAGCGCCAUCGCUGCCAACUGGGCUGGUUUGAUGACAGCUUCACGGGGCGUGAAGCUGUCGAUUUCCUGAUCAAUGAGCUGCAAAAGCUCAUUCAGGACAGAAAUGAAAUGACGAGGCUAGUUCUUUUAAUUUAUGAAAUUUUCCGCUGUUGA